GUCAUCUAUAAUACAUUAAGAUUCAUCACAAAUUUUCUUUUCCUUUUACUAUUGUAUCAAAUAUUCAAAAGACUCAACGACACAAGCCAAUCCUUACGCAUUAUUCAAAUGCUGUCUCCUUUGCGAUGAAUUUGAUUAUGCCGCAUUAUACAAUCAAUGUUUACAGAAGCAUAAGCUGAUUGGGGUAAUAUGUAUAAAAAUCCUUCGCAUAAACCUCGCGGAAAUUAGUCUACCCGUUUUUUGUUCUGCUGUCGAGUCGACCAAGACUGCCACAUCACGUAACAAAAGCUUCCAAACCAUAAGUCUGAAUAACGAAAAUAGUUCAUAUUAUUCGGCAACUGUUUAGUCGUGUCAUACUGAGAAUGACAAAAUUUGAUGUGCAGAAUGUUUCCGAAUCACCACUCUUUUCAACCGUUUUCUUCACAGAUUAUCCAGUCUCCUUCACAAACAUUUCCAUUAAUCCUCCUGAUGUUAUAGAUAGUUCUUCGACAGUGAAGAAUAUCAACGGAAUACUGUGGCCAAUCGUGUUCACCGCUAUGAUCAUUGUGGCAAACUCUCUUAGUCUUAUAGCAUUCAGCAUUGAGAAAAGACUUCGCACCUACAACAACUACUUCAUCAUAAACCUGGCCAUUCUGGACUUCUUCGAUGGGUUGUUUCUGAUUCCACAGAUAGUUCAUACCCACGUCGGAUACUACCCUUUUCCGCAUAAGGUGUGCAGGGUGAUGUCAGCAGUGCAGGCUGGGUUUCUGACCGCUUCGAACCUCGCCGUAGUCGUGAUCUGCGCCGACCGACACCGUGCUACCUACGAUCCCAUCAACCAUUUUAUUUCACGAAGCAAGCGAAUGGCUGUCAUGAAGAAUCUUAUCCCGUGGGUGGUGUCCCUAGGGUUCUGGCUCCUUUACAUCACCACACCUGAAUUCAUCAUCAACUUUGACAAUGACCGCCAUUGCACCCACUGGUUUCGUGCCAGGCCGUUCGCCACCACAGUGACGUUCAUUGUUUACUUCUAUCUACCAUUCUGUUUAAUCGUUGUGCUCUACUUCAGAAUCGUCUUGAAGAUCCGGUCUUCGUUCGCGGGCAAGGAAGUUUCGAAACAGUUUGCGAUGACAAGACGGAAGGAAGGAAGCACCUCAUCACCUCGAAAUGAGAUGGCAUCAUCAUCAUGCAGCACACUCACCACCAACACAAACUCGUCAUCAUCGGAGAGCCCUAGUAAUGAGUUGAAGAAGAAGGAUAGCAAUGACAUCCCAGUGAAUUCAACAAAUAAUCAGCGUGAGACGGCCACCGAGAUGAGCAAGGCAACCAAAACCCUUCUAUUGAUUGUGAUCGCAUUUGUGGUGUCAUGGCUGCCGCAGAGUGUCAUGAUCCUUAUUUACUCAGUUCAACCCGUGCUUGUGAUCCACGGCCUACCAAGAUCAGUCCGGCUAUUCUUCGGAUGGAUGACGUAUCUCAACAGCCUGCUCAACCCCAUAUCGUAUGCCGUCUCGCAGCCGCUGUUCAAAUCGACCAUAAUGAAAAUGUUCUUGAGGCGGAAGUAGCAUGGUUUUGAAACCUACGAGUAAGGCAAAAUUCAAUUCCGUUCUCUUGACUUUUCACGAUCAAUUUCAAUGGGUGAAUGGCUCAAACAAUAUCUUAAUAAUUCAUUUAUUAUCUUUAUCCUUGGUACACAACG